AUGUCGGUCAAGAGGGCAGACCUGAGGAAAACCAACCUGAAAAAGAACUACAAGGCAGUUAGCUUGGAACUGAAGCCAGAGCUGACACAAAUAUAUGAUUAUAAAGGAUUUAAACCAGAAGGGCUACCUAUCAAAAAAGGGAUGACACAGGAGCUGAAGAAUGAACUUAGGCAGGUGAGAGAAGAACUCAAGGAAAAAAUGGAAGAGAUAAAGCAGAUAAAGGAUAUCAUGGACAAAGACUUUGAUAAGCUUCAUGAAUUUGUAGAAAUUAUGAAGGAAAUGCAGAAGGAUAUGGAUGAAAAGAUGGAUGUUUUAAUAAAUAUACAGAAGAACAACAAGCUUCCCCCUCCAAAACAACCAAAGGAACAGCAGGAACUCGGGCAGAUAGGAAAGAUGGACAAAGAUCCUCAGUUCAGAUUCAAGAAAAUGGAAGAGCCUGAUGGAGCACCAUUGACUGGUGACAAGAUGAUGAUGUCACAAAAAACAAAGAAUAAUCUACUGGAUUCCUCUCAUGCAUGUCAGAGUUGCUGCGAAACCUUCACACCACGCCUGGGCGCGCUUUUCACCUUUGUCAUCUGGAGCUGCUUUCUGAUUUAUCUGUACUUCAACCCCGACGAGAUGGAAUAUGUGCUUCCGACUUAG